AUGUCCCUACACAGUUGUGUCAAAGAAGGCUUAAUUGCAACAGAUGGCCCCACGCGACAGCACACUAACACUCCUUCCUUUCUUUUUUCCCUUCCACUUGGCCAAUCUUCAGAACCUCAGCAGGUAAUCAAUCUGUCGUGUCAUUUUUCAUUCUUUCUUUCACCCUUCUUUUCUUUCUUUCUUUCUUUUUCAUUCUUUUUUCUUUCUUUUUUCUUCUUUUUCCUGCUCAUCUCAAUUAAUAUGCAAUACAAAAAAAUAAUUCGCACAAGUAUCUUUUUGGUUUAUUUUACAAAAUCUCGGCAGCUUUUCUGUCUUCUUUCUUUUGAAACUAUUUCUUUCUCAUUUUUUCUCUUUUCUUUCUUUUUCUUUCUUUUUCUUUCUUUUGUUCUUUAUUUCCCUAUUUGUUUUUCUCCCCACUCUUUCUUUAAUUAUUUCUUUUUUUCUUCUUUAUUUGUUUUCCACAUUUCUUUCUUUCUUUCUUUCUUUCUUUCUUUCUGUCUUUCUUUCUUUCUCUUUCAAUUCUUUGUUCUUAUCCUUUCAUUUGUUUCUCCUCCACCCUACAAAAUGGACCCAAUAUUCAGUUCUCAAUAUUUCCUCCAAGUCCGCUUUUCGCAUCCUGUCAUUUCUUCAGGUAAUCGAUCUGUCGUUUCAUUUUUCGUCUUCUUUUAUUCACACGUUUUUUUUCUUCUGUUUUUUCUUUUUUCCCUCUCAUGCUCAUCCUCACUUUCUUUCAUUCCCUCUCUCUCUCUCUUUCAUUCCCUCUCUCUCUCUUUCAUUCCCUCUCUCUCUCUCUCUAUUUUCCCUCUUUCUCCUUCUCAAUUUCUUCUUUUUUCGUUCUUUCUUCUUCUCCUUCUUCUUCAUCUUCUUCUUUCGUUUUCUUUCAAUCUAUUUUUAUUUUAUCAUUAUUUAUUAAUCUUUUUCUUCUUCUUCUUCUUCUUCUUCUUCUUCUUCUUCUUCUUCUUUUUUUUCUUUUUUUGUUCUUGUUCCUUCUUAUUCUUCGCCUUCUUUUUCUUUUUCUUUCUUCAUCUCUUUCCUACUUUGUUCUCGUUAUUUUUUGUUCUUUCUUGUUGUUCUUCUUCUUCAUCUUUCUUGUUCUUUUCUUCUUCUUCUUCUUCUUCUUCUUGUUAUUUUUGCAUUUUCUUUUUCUUCUUCUCGUUUUUCCUUCUUUUUGUUCUUCUCUUUCUUUCUUCUUCUUCUUCUUCUUCUUUUUUCUUUCUUUCUUUAUACUUUCUUUCUCUCUAUUUCUUCGUUUUUUUAUUUCUAUUUUUUCCUAUUCUUUAUUUCUUUUUCUUCUUUUCUUUCCUUCCGUUUUCUUACUUUUCUCAUUUUACUUUCUUUGUCUCUGCUGUUUUCUUUUUCAUCUUUUAUUCUGUUCUACUCUUUCGUUCUUUCUUUCUUUCAUUCUUUCUAUCUACCCUUCUUUUAAUUCUUUCUUUUUGUUUCUCUUCUUUCUUUCCUUUCCUUUCCCUCUUUUCUUUCUUUGUUUCAUUCUUUCUUUCUUUUUCUAUACUUUUUCUUCGUACUUUUCUAUCUUUAUUCCUUUCUUUUUUCUCUCCUUUCUUUUCCUUUCCUUUCCUUCCAUUUUUUCUUUGCUUCAUUUCUUCUUUCUCUAUACUAUUUCCUUUUUCUUUUCUUUUCUUUCUUUCUUUCUUUCUUUCUUUCUUUCUUUCUCUGCCUUUCUAUUAA